AGACAGGAAAACAUAACAAGAUACGACGCGGCUUGUUGUGUUCUUUAUCUUAGCACAGAGCAAGAAACUGUUAGGUAGUCAUGGGGGGCACCGAGACGAUGGCCCCGUCACCGUUCCCGACGGUGGACAAGUGCUCCUCCGCGGACCGGAGCGGCGACACGGUGGUGGCCGACCUGGACGGCACGCUCCUGUGCGGCCGCAGCUCCUUCCCGUACUUCGCGCACAUGGCCUUCGAGACGGGCGGCCUGCUCCGGCUCCUGCUGCUCAUCCUCCUCGCGCCGCCCGCGGGGCUCCUCUACUACUUCGUGUCCGAGUCGGCGGGCAUCCAGGUGCUCAUCUUCGCGUCCACGACCGGCGUCAAGAUCGCCGACGUCGAGGGCGUCGCGCGCGCCGUGCUACCCAAGUUCUACUGCUCCGACCUCCACCCGGAGUCGUGGCGCGUGUUCUCGUCGUGCGGGCGUCGGUUCGUGCUCACCGCCAACCCCAGGAUCAUGGUCGAGGCCUUCCUCAAGGAGUACGUCGGCGCCGACGCCGUGCUCGGCACGGAGCUCCUGGUCUGGGGCGACAGGGCCACCGGGCUCGUCCGCUCCCCCGGCGUGCUCGUCGGCGAGAACAAGGCCGACGCGCUCCGGAAGGCGUUCGGCGAUGCCACGCCCGAGAUCGGCCUCGGCGACAGGAAGACGGACUACCCGUUCAUGCGGCUGUGCAAGGAAGGGUACGUGGUGCCCCCGGCGCCGAAGCUGAGGCCCGUACCGCGGGAGGACCUGCCGAAGCCGGUGAUCUUCCACGACGGACGGAUCGUGCAGAAGCCGUCCCCGGCGCUCGCGCUGCUCACCGUGCUCUGGAUCCCCAUCGGGUUCGUGCUCUCCUGCCUCCGCAUCGCCGCGGGCUCGCUCCUGCCCAUGCGCAUUGUGUACCACGCCUUCAUGGCGCUCGGCGUGCGCGUCACCGUCAAGGGCAACCCGCCACCACCAGCAAGCCGUGAAACCGGCCAGACCGGUGUGCUAUUCAUCUGCUCCCAUCGCACCCUCCUUGACCCCAUCUUCCUCUCCACCGCCCUCGGUCGGCCGAUCACCGCAGUCACCUACUCGGUUUCACGGCUGUCCGAGCUCCUGUCGCCGAUCCGCACGGUGCGGCUGACCCGUGACCGCGCGGCGGACGCGGCCAUGAUCCGGCGGCUGCUCCAGGAGGGCGACCUGGUGAUCUGUCCCGAGGGCACGACGUGCCGGGAGCCGUUCCUGCUACGGUUCUCGGCGCUGUUCGCGGAGCUUACUGACGAGAUCGUGCCGGUGGCGAUGGAGAACCAGAUGAGCAUGUUCCACGGCACGACGGCGCGGGGGUGGAAGGGGCUCGACCCCUUCUACUUCUUCAUGAACCCGAGCCCGGGCUACGUGGUGACUUUCCUCAACAAGCUCCCCCAUGAGCUCACAUGCAAGGGCGGCAAGACCAGCCACGAGGUGGCCAACUAUAUUCAGAGACUCAUCGCCUCCACGCUCUCCUAUGAGUGCACCAGCUUCACCAGGAAGGACAAGUACAAGGCACUCGCGGGCAACGACGGUUCUGUCGUCUCCAAGCCCAACAUCGACAAGAAAAAGUUCAUGGGUUCCUAAGAAAGCAUGAAGGCUAAUUAAAAAUAGAUCACUCACUGAUUAAAAUGCAUACUGUAUAAUAGCUAGGGGACAAAUCCUAUGCCUCCUAUUUCGACCGUUGAUCUGAUACUCUGAUGUGUGAUGUUGUAAUGUAAUAUUUAUUUUUGUUGUGUGAAUUCAUCAUGAGAUCACUCAUUUUUAGAGAA